AUGUUUAAAGCCAGUUCUUAUCUUCCACAAUGGUUCAGAAAACCAUCUUCAGUUUCUAAAUCUACUACUUCAAGUGAAGAUGCUGAAACUCCAAAGAGUUUUACUUUACCUGCUUUAGAAAAUAAAAAUCAAUUGGUUAAUAUCUCCAUGAUUAAUAAUAAAGAAGAUGAAUCAUUUGUGGAUAUUGAAUAUAGACAAUUAACUUAUGCUGAAGUGGCAUUAUUGGCUAAAGAAAAGAAAGCUCAAGCUCAAGCUGAAGCUCAAUUAAAUGGGGGUUCCAAUAAGAUUGGUGGUCCAAUGAUGAAGAAACGUCAAACUGAUAGAUUAAAUUCAAAUCAAUAUAAUAUUUUAAUGAAUGAUGAUGAAACUGAUGAUAAACCUGAAGUUAAUGAUGCUUAUGAAUCGUAUAAAUCAGAUACAAGUUAUCAAAAGAGUAAACAAUAUAAACAUAAACAAUUUGAUUCUGUUCAAAAGAGAAAAUUAAAGAAAUCAGAAAGAAAAGCUUCUUUAAAACAAUCAUCAUCAUAA